GAUACCCAACUACUGGCUUGGACCCCUGUCAGAGUCUUGCUUCUGCCUCUGAGAAGGAAGAGACGAACACAGCCAUCAGAGAGAUCGGAUGACAUGGGAAGGUCUCCUUGCUGUGAUAAGGUAGGUGUGAAGAAGGGUCCUUGGACGCCAGAAGAGGACCUCAUGCUGGUCUCCUACAUCCAACAACAUGGACCUGGCAACUGGAAGGCCGCUCCUACACAGACCGGUUUAAUGAGAUGCAGCAAGAGUUGCAGGCUUCGAUGGACCAAUUACCUCAGGCCGGGAAUCAAGCGUGGCAACUUCACAGAGCAAGAGGAGAAGCUCAUCGUCCACCUCCAAGCUCUCCUCGGAAACAGGUGGGCAGCCAUAGCUUCCUAUCUCCCGAAGAGGACAGACAAUGACAUCAAGAACCACUGGAACACUCAUCUGAAGAAGAAGCUGAGGACGGCACCAGAUCACCUCGAGGCUAAUCUCAACAAAGAUGCCUUCUCGAUCCACCAACCCGUCUCCAAAGGCCAGUGGGAGAAGAAGCUCCAAACCGACAUCAACGUGGCCAAGCAAGCCCUAGGCGAAGCCUUGUCCUUGAAGGAACCGACAAGUCCAAGUGGCUUCAGCUCGCCGGUGCCAUCGACGACCUCUUACGCAUCGAGCACAGAGAACAUAUCUCGAUUGCUCGGGGAGUGGAUGAAGAAUCCACCCAAGAAAAGAACUCUAGGGACCGAGCCAGCCACCGUCGCCGACAGCAACGACCACAACAAUAAGACGACGGUGUUAGCCGAGAAGCUUAAUUCAUUGCUCAGUGAUAUCGAGUCUUCAGCUUCGAUGGUGUCGGAGAGCGAGCAUCUCCCGUUGCUCGAGACUUGGCUCUUCGAUGAAAGCCUUGGACAAGGGAAUGCAGCGCUGGUCGAGAUGCCAUUAGAUUACACGGCGGAGCUGUUUUAGGUGUGUUUUGUUACUGUAGGAAAGGCCUUGAGAUGAACUAAAAGGAAAUAGGUCAUAGCAGUUGAUGAUUGAAGGGAAAGACCCUCAAAUUGCAAGGAAAUAAGUGUAAAUUCUAAAGAUCUACAUGCACAAUAUGGAUAUGUGUUUCAUGGGUCUGUGGUAUAUGGAAGUUCCAAUUAGUAGCU